AUGGCUACGGUUACGAGUCCUCCGACACCUCCGACGCCAGCUGCCGCCUCUCCUGCCAGAUCUAUUCACCGGAAACCUCUGCCCGUACCAAAACUCCCUCUUGGCCAACAUGAUCGUACCGAUUCUCAAGAGAGCUUUGCCGACAAUACCCUACCGACCGACGCCAUGAUCGAGUCGCCGAAAAUCAGAGAGUUGCCUGUGUCUCCGGCCAGACUAAACUUUCAACCGGACAACUGGGCGCAACCGUCGAAUGCGAGUAUCGAGAACUACCAGCAUGCACAACGAAUGUCCUAUCCAAUGCAUGCAGCUAUCGACCCGCGAGACAUCCCGAGGUCUUCAGAUGCGCCCUUUCUUCCCCAUAGUAGUACCUAUAAUCAGCCCAGGACUUUGACACCUAAACAGACAUUUGCUACCGACCUUCCUCAUAGAUCAGGCCAGGAGAGUCUUCUAAGUCCUACCCUUCCUCAGACUGGAGUAGGGUAUAUGGAAGCUUCAGCUGCACCGGAGCUAGACGGCCAAAGCUUUAGCGAAAGUUCUCACAGCGAUGAUCCGAAUCGACAUAGUCGCGAAUCAGAUGCAACCGCAAGAGGUCUCAAUGAAGCAUGCGAGAGCCAGGUUGUCCCAGAUGAGACAUCUCAAGAAGAUUAUUUUACUGAGAACUCAAUACAAGGCAGUCAAUCAGUACCUCAGUUACAGUAUCAUCACCAGCCGUUUCUUCCGCGGGUCUCCAGCGUGCCAAUUGAGUCGAACUCAAGGAAUUCCUCUAAGUCUGACAUCCUCUCGGAUCCGACCAUGCCCAUAAAUCGUCACUUGACUCCAAACUCUUUCAUGAGGAGAAGUUCUAUGCCCCGGCCGCAAUCAGCAUAUUCCGGAUAUUCCGAAUUGGGCCCGCGCGGACGGUCGCCGAGUUACGGGGCCGUUCAUGCACGCACUCCUUCGGUCCAUUCUCGCAGGUCGCCUGAAACUAGACCGACUUCCUACGCAGAAUUGCUUAACGUGCCGUACCCUCAGCAGGCUCCAGCUCCCAUCACAUUUGACAAUUCUUACCUGCGCAACAAUGUUGGAAGUAACGCCUCCUUACUAAGUGCGCAGAAGACGCUGGAGAUGUAUAGGCAAAAUGUGAAAAAGACCAACGACUUCUCUAUUCAGUAUUCAUUCGCUAUCUUUUUGAUCUCUACUGCACAGGAGCAAGGUUUAGAAUUUGAGGAACCUUCACGGAGAAAAGGUACUCCGAAUAAAGAAACUCCGGAUUCUUCGCCAUUAGAAUUGGUUCGGGAAGCUAAAAGUAUAUUAACAAGGUUAGCCAAUGGCGGCUAUCCUUUUGCACAGUAUUAUCUAGCUGAUGGCUUUGCGUCGGGUCUGUUCAACAAGGGCAAGGAAGAUUAUAAUGCGGCGUUUCCCCUCUUCGUUUUGGCUGCGAAACACGGCCACGCUGAGUCUGCUUAUCGCGCCGGACUAUGCUACGAAUUUGGAUGGGGAUGUAGAAAAGAUCCAGCCAAAGCAGUCCAAUUCCUACGAACAGCCGCAUCCAAAAAUCACCCAGGCGCUAUGACGAGACUUGGAAAAGCUUGUCUCUCAGGAGACUUAGGUGAAAAUCGGUAUAGAGAAGGGGUUAAAUGGCUGAAGCGAGCCACCGAGGCAGCAGACACCAUGUAUAAUGCCGCCCCAUAUCAUCUUGGCACAUUAUACGAAACUGGAUAUGGCGAUGACAUUUUUAAGGAUGAAAGUUAUGCUGCUGAGCUAUUCACACAGGCAGCCGAGCUCGGACACCCCGAAGCAAGUUUCCGCAUGGGAGAUGCGUAUGAACACGGCAAACUAAACUGCCCGCGAGACCCAGCCUUAAGCGUCCAUUUUUACACUGGGGCAGCAGAGCGUGGCCAUGCUGCAGCCAUGAUGGGGUUAUGCGCCUGGUACAUGGUCGGUGCUGAUCCCAUCUUGGAGAAGGACGAGGAGGAAGCUUACGAAUGGGCUCGUCGGUCAGCAGAACUUGGCUUCGUAAAAGCUCAGUAUGCUGUUGGUUACUUCACUGAAAUGGGCAUAGGGUGCCGUCGCGACAUUCUCGAGGCCAACGUUUGGUAUGUCAAAGCAGCUGAUGCCGGUGAUGAACGGGCCAAGCAAAGACUCGCUGCUAUUCGGGCCGCUGUGAGCGGCGGCGGGACGCCUAUGGACGUUGCCCCACCACGUAACGCGAAGAUGAAAAAGAAUCAGACGAAAGACGACAAGGAUUGCGUUGUAAUGUAA